AUUGAAACUAUAUAAACAAGCUCACUUGACAGGUUGUUUUCGACCAGGCCGGACUCCACAUCAGUCGUAGUUCGCGAAAAUGGCACUUUUAAUGCGGGUUUGCACUUUGAUUGUAAAUGUCUUCUGCUUGCCUCUUCAUUUCACAAAAGCGAUCGGUUUGUAUCGAAUAUACAAGUAUAUCUUCCCCAUUUGUCAAUAUCGUCUUGCUGACAUGUACAACAAGAAAAUGCACGACAAGAAGACGGAGCUUUUUCGCAGUCUGUCAGAGUUUAAGAAGCCUGGCAAGCAUCUGACACUGCUUGAGGUAGGCUGUGGUUCAGGCGCGAAUUUUAAGUACUAUCCGGCCGGUAGCAAGGUGAUCUGCCUUGAUCCGAACCCCACUUUUCAAUCAUACGUCAAGAGCAGCGUGGCCGAGAACGACCAGCUCACAUACGAGAGGUUUGUGGUUGCAUCGGGGGAGAACAUGGGGUCAGUUGAGGACGAAUCGGUUGACGUUGUUGUCUGCACCCUGGUGCUCUGCAGUGUCGACGACAUCCCGCAAACUCUGCGAGAGGUCCACCGCAUACUGAGACCAGUGAGUUAUCUCUUACUCCUGUAUUUCAUGCAGCUUCACAGUAAAAGUUAGUGAGGCUGCGGCUCUGAAGGUGUCACUGUUCUGCAACAGUGGAAGUCAACAAUAAACUCUAGAGCUUAUUCGAUUAAUCGGUUCAAAGCGACCGAGAUUUGAAAAAGUUUUUAUGCCAGAUAAUCAUGACGCAGAACUGUAAAGUUUACCAGACAAAACUGUUCAGUUAAGAGAAUAGUUUUUCCACCUAGUUUUGUUUGGGUGACACGUCUGCCUUUGCAAGUAAUUUGAUUCUUAUCUGUAGCUACUUGUUACAUAAAAAAUGCUGAUAUACUUAUGGUUUUCAUGCUUUAAAGGAUUAAUCUUUAACUAAUUUAAAUCAUUGCUAGUUGGCAGAUAUUGAGUAAGUAUGCUGAAAUUUGAAUGUACAUGCACAGCCACCUAACUUUGCAGCUGUAAGUGAGUAAUUAAGUAAUUACUUGUGACUAUGUUUAUGUAAUCUGUGCCAACGCCUUUACAUCUAACAAGUUCAACCAGACUCUGAAUUUGAACUCGACUGUGUUACCUUUGUCCUUUUGGACUUGCAGUAGUAUAGGGAGUGUUGCAAGUGUUUAAAUCAGCCUGCAUAUAUACUCUCAGCCUUUAUGAUAUAGUUUAAACAAUUUUUUGUAUGUCACCAAAAGUUCUCGUUUUUUUUAGCUGGUCAUUUUACCAUGCAUAGAAUGUAAGAAAAAAUAAAUGAUGAAUGACAAAAGUAAUGCGAUGAGAUUUGUUUGUGCUGGAAUAAGAUCAACUUGCAUUUAGUGAGCAGAGAUACAUUAUGAAGAGGGCAUUCAUGUAACAAAUCUUUUCCCUGCAGGGUGGAGCCUUCUAUUUCCUUGAGCACGUUGUGGCAGACCCCUCCACCUGGGCUUACUUCUUCCAGCAUGUCCUACAGCCUGCGUGGUACUAUUUUGGUGAUGGAUGUGAAGUCAUCCGGGACACUUGGAGGCAUUUGGAAUCAGCUGGUUUCUCGGAUCUCAAUUUGAAACACAUUGAAGCACCACUUGUCUUCAUCAUCAGACCGCACAUCUUGGGCUACGCUGUCAAAUAGAUAUAUUUACAAGUAGCUGUAUAAUAAGCCUGCCUCAUAUCCGUAUGUUGGUUUAUUAAGCACAGAGUGUGUAUCUUUGGAAAGUGAUGGGUGAUGGAGAUAACGCCUUUUUAUUUUAAGGCAGAUUAUAUUUGUUUUUUGUGAUGCUAAUAUAGAUGACUUUAUAUGAAAACAAUCAUUUAUGUAGGGGGCUGAAUUUUUUUUUGCACAAAGGGAAAAGAUUUUGCAGUAUUUGAUGUUUAAUCUGCCAUUUCAAAUCCAAAAAAUGCUUGCUGAUAAAUGUAAACAAGUAAGAUGUCAUUGUAAACGUCUACUACUAUUUGUUUCUUUUUGAUUACUCUCUUAUGAGUGGAAAAACUUUGUCAAUAAAAACAAAUAUUUUUGCCAGAGAA